GAAAGUAAUUUAACAUCACCCAGAGUAAGAACAUUUGCCAUCACUUUUGAAGGUCUAGUGCUAGGACAUUGCAACUAUUAUGCUAAUGUGUUGAACAUUAUCAUGAGUCAAGUGUACCUUAAUCCUCCUGGUGUCCUGAACACUGAGCAGAAAUACAUGUAUACUGUAUGUGUAUCUUCCAGCAUGGCUGAGGGCUCAGUGUUUGUAGCAGAGGUGGAGACCUGUUUCCAGAAGUUUGCAGUCCAUGGGGACACCAAGGCCACAGGAAAGGAGAUGAACGGCAAGAACUUUGCUAAGCUCUGCAAGGACUGUAACAUCAUUGACAGCAAGAACGUCACCACCACAGAUGUUGACAUAGUUUUAAACAAAGUCAAGACAAAGUCUGCUCGUGUAAUCACGUUUGAGCAGUUCAGCCAGGCCCUGACUGAGUUGGCUUCCAAGCGUUUUAAAGGCAAAAGCAAAGAGGAGGCACUACAGCAGCUUUAUGGGCUCAUUGCUGGGAAGGAGCCGACUAAUGUUGGCAUCACAAAAGUAGCAAAGGCAGCAGCAGUGGACAGACUGACUGACACCACCAAGUACACUGGGUCACAUAUGGAGCGGUUCGACGAGUCAGGCAAAGGCAAAGGAAAAGUUGGACGUGAGGACAUCCCUGACACCAGUGGCUACGUGUCGGCUUACAAGGGCAGCGGCACUUAUGACGACAAAGUGAAAGAGGCAUAAUUUUGCUGACAGAUUAUGAAAA